AUGGCAAUCCAACAAUGUUUGGCAUUAUUCUUCCUUUCAAUUUUCUUCAUUCUGCCCUAUGUCAUUGUUGUUCUCCCAUCAAUCCUUGGAUUACAAACUUACAGCUAUAACCUUAUAUUCACCUUGGUGGCCCUCACAGUCAUCAUCCUCAUAGGUAAUUUGUAUUACCUAUCUUCAUUGGCCUCACAGUAUUUUGGUGCACUGAACCACAGCUUGGGGUGUGCUUCCCAACUAGUGAAUUGGGUCAUAAUUCUCACUUAUCUGAUUGCUAUAUCACUGCGUCAGGUUGAGAUCCCAGUUUUUCCCAUGAUGGUAAUACUUGUUGAAGGGACAAGAGUGCCAUCACUGCUGGCAGAUCGUGGUGCAUGGCACAUUCUGGAACAGUACCUUACUACUGAGAUGACCUACCCUCAGAUGGAGGCAGCCUUUGCCUCAUACUUGGGCAAUCGAUACAAUGCAGAUGAUUGGAAAGAAGCUUGUGAUGCAUUGUUCUCUGGCAAUGAUGAUAACUCCCUCACCUUAGCAAAUCUUCUUGCCUUGAAGGCCAGGCAUGUACCCCAAGGUGCCUCCAGUACAUUGAUAGUCAUUACCUUGUGGAAAGAUUCUGCCAUAUCUGUGUCUGCCUCAAAGGCAGCUGUUUGCUUGAAAGCGCACACAUCCAAAGAGUAA